GAAAGAAAUUCAAUAUAUCACAUUGCACCUAAUAUGAAAUUUUGGACAAUUUUUUUAUGGAUAUCACUAAUAUUCGGAACUAUGCAAACCAACCUCAAAAGUACUUAUUUUGAAAUGAACACACACUACAAAGAUUUAUUACCAAUAUCUGAGCUGAGGUCUAUGGGAAGUCAACGGACCCUUGGCGCAUGUGGACUCCUGUGCGCCUUAGACGAGUUUUGUCAAACUUUUUUCUUCAAAACACAGGAAAAGAAAUGUUUCCUUUACAAGUAUUCCAUCUGGCAGCAUACUGAACUUAAACAAGAAAUCGGUGUUAACAUGUACGAAAUAACCUCACCAUGUACUGGUUUGGGUUUCGUGCACAAUCGGGCAAGUGGUCUCUGUUUCCAGAUUUUUGGGGGUCAAAAUUGGACGUCUACUUGGGCAAUAACGUCGUGUAAACAGUUUGGUGGAUCAUUGAUUUCUUUAGAUACAGAUCAGAAAAUAGGAUUUGUGGAUACUUUUAUCCGAAAUCGUUAUGGCUCGAGUUUUCAAGGAAAAAUACUCCUGAUAGGACUAAACAAUACCCAAGGACCAGGAAAAUACACAUGGAAGUGGUCGAAUGGAGUUAAAUUGUCACCAAAUCUUUCCAUUCCAUUUUACGUAAAUAAUUAUGAUGGCUUGAUGCAUCCUUGUGCAGUUGGACAUUGUGGGGUGCUGCAUGUAGGAAAACUCACCAAUUCCGUAUAUGAUAAUUGUUGUCUUAAAGCUUCAUCUCUCUACAUAUGUUCAAAAGACAUUGAGAAAUGA